AUGGGUCCGCCUUCUCCAACCCACGCCUUCGAUCCCACCCCGGCUCUUGAGCAUGACCCAGACAACUUCUCCCCUCUCAACCAGCCCGACUCAACGGCCGUGCCCUCAGACAAUAAUGGCAGCGAAGACAUCUCUAGAGCCGUCCGUUUCUUGGAACAGUCCGUCUCACGGCCGCAGGGUCGCCAUUCUAUUGCUACCGACAAUGUUCCUCUUCUCCCUCAUGUACUCUCUGCCAGUCAGCUACCAAAGUAUGGAUUCCAGAUCACGAAUACGACUUCAGAAAUAGACAUAACAGCUUACAUGGAGCAAUGUCGUUUGUGGAACACACAAUUGAGAGAGUCUCAUGAAGCUGAACGAAAGGCGUGGGCCAUAGAACGGACUGCACUCAAAGCACGCAUCGCUGAACUUGAAAGGAAACUGAACAAAGCGAGAGAUCCCAAGCGGAGGUCAAGCAACGAUUCUUCAACUACCGCCAUCCAUUCCUUUCGGUCGGAUUUCCACUACUUUGGUACCGACGGCACUCACCGAGACCGAUUUGCUUCCGAACCAGCAAAUGCACCGUCGCCCGUUUGGAAGGGUCCCGAGACUACUCCACCAGUCACCAGAGUCUUUACUCGUGAGGAGGAUGUUGCCCACCUGCCCAGCAUAUCUGAGGAUGAACCACUUGAGUCUUUAUCUAAUGAAAUCUCGCCGACCUCGACCCGCCAGGAGAAUAUCCCGGUGCCAAUUGAGCAGGUGGACAACACUCUCGACGGCAUCACCCUCAAGUCAGGCGCCUUGACCUCCUCCUUUGAUACCAAAAUCACCAGUCCAAAGUUUGCUUCUCCAGUUCAGUCGCCGUCAGCCGAGCCAAAGCAAGGCGCAGACAGCCUUUUGCAGUUCGAUGUCAAGGCUCUGCUGUCUCCAUUGGAUGCCAAGUUGAAGAUGCAUGCAGGCCAUACGCCAAUGAUCUUUGAUGGCACUUUGUCUUCCGACGUCGAGAGUGCAGACCAUCUGACUCCCACGCAAGAGCAACCGUUGGAGCCCGCUCCCACGAAGCGACCUCCCCUUCGUCCUUCUGAGAACUCAGACUCAUACUUUUCCUUCACGUCUGCUGUUAAUAACGAGGAUGAUCUGUCCAAACAAAGUAUUCCUGAACAGCCAGAAUUAGAGGAACAACCGACCCUUGAACCUGAGGACGAUCCCGCUCUCAAAGGCCCACUCAUGCUCGAUCCCAGUGCUAAGACCGAGGGGGCUAGUACUUUCCUAGAUAUUGUGGAUGGCAAACUGGAGGAUGAGCUGGCGCACCGAUCUAGGCAGGAGUCCAAUUUGUCCCCCAGCACAGAAGAGAAACUGCCCUCGGAGCCACCCCAAGGAACACAGGACGCUGCUCAGGAAGAAGCAGAUGAAGAUAUGCCGAGAUUGAGGAUAAGAAACAGCACCAAUUUUGGUAGCGCUUGGGGUGGAGAUAUGCCCGGGCGCAUGUGA